ACGUUAUCUUAGAGAUGGAAUCCAGCAAACGUCCGGCUCCCAGCACAACACCGACUCCUACACAAACUCAGAGUAAGCCAAAAAAAUUUAUAUUUAUAUUUAUCUACUGAAUCCCAUCUGGCUAAGCGGGAACGUGAUCGUGGUCGAGUGAAAACUAGAGUGAACAACGGUAGGGCAUUUGAUUCCUGGAGGGACCUUCGUUCGGUUUUGGGGAUCAAAACCGACCCUGAAUUGGCAUUCUUCUUAUUAGACAGCAACAGGACACUGCGGGCUUACGACCUCAAAACAAAGACCCGAUCUAACGUCGGCGCUUUCUGCUCAGACAGCUCGACAAGAUGAACACCUACUUUAGCCGCUGUCACCCUGUCAUCGCCGGCUGUGUGCUGGUCGGUUUGGUUCUGGCUUUGGAAGAUGGCCCGGAUCGCCCGGUUAUGGGAGCUCCGGGAUCCCCGGUCCGUCUGUCGGAAUCAGACCCUGCGGUGCUCAAAGCAGUGAAAUUUGCUGAAGAGCGGUACAAUAUGGGGUCCAACUCGAUGCACGUACGCCGUGUCAGCAAGAUCCUUUCGGCCAGCAAACAGCUGGUGAAAGGUGUAAAGUACAGUAUUAUGGUGGAGAUUGGAAGCACACAGUGUAAGAAAUCUGUAGAGCUGAGUGUUGUGAACACCUGUGAGUUUUUCCCCGAGCCUCACAAACAGAAGACAGAGGUGUGUUUGUUUGAGGUUUGGGACAUUCCCUGGGAAAGUAAAUCCACCCUCCUUAAACAGAAGUGUCAGCCUGCAGUUUCCAAGGAUCUCAAAAAGGUUGUGGCUGUACCCCUUACCCAUGAUAAAUCUUUGAAGGAAUCUGUAGAGCUUUUGACCCAGUUCAAAAACUUUAUGAUCUCAUAUAACAGAACCUAUAGCUCCCAAGAGGAGGCUGAAAAGCGUCUGCACAUUUUCCAGGAGAAUAUGAAAACUGCGCAAACGCUGCAGUCUCUGGAACAGGGGUCAGCUGAGUAUGGGGUCACCAAGUUCAGUGACCUCACAGAGGAUGAGUUCAGAAUGAUGUACCUGAACCCAAUGCUGAGUCAAUGGAGCUUGCAGAAGAACAUGAAGCUGGCGACUCCUGCCAGCAAGGCUGCUCCUGAUAGCUGGGACUGGAGGGACCAUGGUGCGGUCAGCUCUGUGAAGAAUCAGGGCAUGUGUGGCUCUUGCUGGGCAUUCUCUGUGACUGGAAACAUCGAGGGACAGUGGUUCAAGAAGACUGGACAGCUGCUGUCUCUCUCAGAGCAGGAGUUAGUGGACUGUGACAAGCUGGACCAAGCAUGUGGAGGUGGACUGCCGUCUAAUGCUUAUGAAGCCAUCGAGAAGCUUGGCGGCCUUGAGACUGAAACAGACUACAGCUAUAUAGGACACAAGCAGAGCUGUGAUUUCUCUACCGGGAAGGUGGCCGCUUACAUCAACAGCUCUGUUGACCUGCCCAAUGAUGAGAACGAGAUUGCUGCUUGGCUGGCUGAGAAUGGUCCAGUGUCUGCUGCCCUCAAUGCUUUUGCCAUGCAGUUCUACAGAAAGGGAGUGUCCCACCCUCUAAAGAUCUUCUGCAACCCCUGGAUGAUUGAUCAUGCUGUGCUGCUUGUGGGAUACGGGGAACGUAACGGCACUCCAUUCUGGGCCAUUAAGAACAGCUGGGGAGAAGACUAUGGGGAGCAGGGUUACUAUUACCUGUACAGAGGAUCCAGACUUUGUGGAAUCAACAAGAUGUGCUCAUCUGCAAUUGUGAAUUAGACACACACCCAUAUAUACACACCUUGGGAACAAAAACAUCUCAAAACAGCCCAGUAAUGUGAACAUGUGAUUCUAUACAAAAGGUAACUUUGGUUCAGUUAGCAUGUGAUCAAACACAAUAGUACUGAUGUAAAACACAUUUUACAUAUAUUUCAUCCAUAUAAGCUCAUAGUUGUCAAUAGCUCAGAUACGUGAAGUAUUCUUCUUGAGGUCAGGACACUUUAGUUAUCCGUCCUCGCUCUGUUACAUCAAUGCAAACAUCCUGUAAACAUCCAUUCUUUUCAGUAUAGCUGAAUACAUCAGAUAGCCGAAAAGCGAAGAGGAACAAGAUAACAGCACACUCAUUUUACCAUAUUACUACUACUACAAACAACACAUUGUAGUUAUUGUGAUUUUAGAUAAGUUAAUUUGGUUAAAGUCUUAGUUCACGAAAUAAAAAAAUAAAAAAAAUUCUGUCCUUUACUCACCCUCAUGUUGUUUCAAACCCAUUUGACUUUCUUUUAUGGAACAAUGACGACUUCAGUCACUAUUCACUUUAAUUGCAUGGACAAAAGAUGCAAUGAGAGUGAGUGGUGACAGAGCCUAAACAUACUGAUAUCUUUUGUGUUCCACUGGAUAAAGUCAUACAGGUAAAUGAUGACAGAAUUUUCAUUUUUUGGGUGAACUAUCCCUUUAAUUACCUUCUGUUUUACUCUAAUUACUUUUGUUAUUCAGUAUUUUAAUAUUACAUUUUUAUUUAAUUCCAAAAGACUGCAUUUAGGUUGAGUCAUGUUUACUUUUAACCCUUCUGAAAAGAUUUGCAAUUAUUGAUUUUAAACGUUCUAUUUUAAUUUGCUGUCGACUGAGUUCAUUUAACUGAGAAUUAUUGAGCUGCUGGUCUUGGAAACCAGAUUUUGCACACUAUGUCUCAUUUUCACAGUAUACUGUGAUCAUUCCGUUACUGUGUUAUCGCUACUCCUCAAUUGUGAAUGUCACAUUUUGCUGAAUGGAAAAAAGCUGAUGAUACUCCUUCCAAAUGCAUAAUGGAAUAUGCCUGCAAAUGCAAAACUGGAAAAGAUAGAUCAUUCAGUUGCAAUGCUGUAUUGUUCAAAUCAGUUGUAUUUCUCCAAUGCAAUUUCUAAAAGCUUUGUAAUUGUCAUUCUAACAAAUCUGCUAAAUAAACUCCAAAUUGUCUCUAA